UGGUAAGUUGAUUUUCUUUUUCGUCCAAGUUGAUGAUGACGAUGACGGAAAUACUGACUGCAUUUUGAGAAAAAUGCUAUUCAAGCCAGUUUAUAUGAGUGUUAGACCAAAAUAUCUACCUCCACAAAUACAACCUCCAAAGGCACCUGCUCCUCUUCCAGUAGAAGAACAACCGUGCCAAAAGGAAGAAACCCCAAAACCGAUCGAACAUCUUAAAUCUCCAUCACCAGUGCGACCCCUUGUCAAAUAUGUCGACCUUGACCCGGAGCCUUUGGUUGAACCACCACCCUCACCCCCUGAAGAGCCCAAGGAACGUCUACCCAUGUUAAUUAGUGGAUAUAAAUUUCAAACUGUGAUCCCACCGGAAGCGAGCAGGGACGUUCUAACUGGAAAAGUUCCUUACAUCUAUUUUAAUGAAGACGGCAUGCAAAUUUUCAAACCUAAACAUGUUCUUAAUGCUCUGAAGCUUCCGAAGAAGGCGAGAAGGAAGUAUAUGGAUUAUUCGUGUGUUGGUGGUCAUGAAAGAAGUUCCGAUUUUCCGAUGCGCUACCCCGUAGAGGUGGAAUAUGAUGAUGAGGACGAGGAUCUAGUACGAUCGUGGAUAGAACCUUUUCCAGUUACGGAAUGUUUUUACAGACUAUACCCAUUCAUUUAUUAAAUGUAGUUUUUGCUAACAACAUUAUGGUAACUACGAAAAUUCGUCAAAAUUUAAAAUAUCUGCAACUGCCUAAGUAUUUAACGUAUCUGUAUCUUUUUAAUUAAUUUUAUCUUCAUUCUAUACACUUUUACACCUUUAAGGAACGAAAUAUAUAAAAAUAAUAG